AGGGACCUGGGCAGGCAGAGAAGCCGGAAACAGCAGGCCGGGGCAGCCAGGGUUUACAGUGAAGAGGAAGGCCGGGAUCCGAGUGCCUGCGUGCGUGUGUUUGUGUGUGUAUACAUUGAGUUUUUAGGGCCAGCCCAGGACCCGCUGGACAGCGCUACAGAUCCAUGGGGCCUGGCAGUGCCCGCUGAGAGAGGGAGAAGAUAGCAGAGGGGCUGCCAAGGCACCUUGCACACCCCAGAUCAUGUCUCUGUGGGGUCUGGUUUCCAAGAUGUCCCCAGAAAAACUACAACGACUCUACGUUGACUUUCCCCAACACCUUCGGCAUCUCCUGGCUGAAUGGCUGGAGAAGCAGCCCUGGGAGUUCCUGGUUGGUUCAGAUGCCUUCUGCUACAACAUGGCUAGUGCCCUGCUUUCAGCCACUGUCCAGCAACUUCAGACCUCUGCAGGGGAGCAGGGGAAAGGAAGCACCAUUUUACAGCACAUCAGUACCCUGGAGAGCAUCUAUCAGAGGGACCCUCUGAAGCUUGUGGCCACCAUGAGACAAAUACUUCAAGGGGAGAAAAAAGCUGUUGUAGAAGAGUUCCGCCACCUGCCGGUGCCUUUCCACCAGAGGCAGGAAGAACUCAAGUUUACCACAGCCCUAGGGAGGCUUCAGCACCGAGUAAGGGAGACCCGCCUUCUCCGAGAAACUUUGCAGCAAGGAACCAAGGCUGGACAAGUGUCUCUGCACAGCUUGAUAGAAACUCCUGCCAAUGGCACUGGCCCAAGGGAGGACCUGGCCACAAUGCUGCAGGGGACUGUGGGGGACCUGGAGGCCACCCAGGCCCUGGUGCUGAAAAGGAUCCAGAUUUGGAAGCGGCAGCAGCAGCUGGCAGGGAAUGGUACACCCUUUGAGGAGAGCCUCACAGGGCUGCAGAAAAGGUGUGAAAGCCUCGUGGAAAUCUACUCCCAGCUGCAGCAGGAGGUUGGGGCAGCCAGUGGGGAGCUUGAGCCCAAGAUCAGGGCGUCGCUGCUAAGCCGACUGGAUGAAGUACUGCGAACCCUUGUGACCAGUUCUUUCCUGGUGGAGAAGCAGCCCCCCCAGGUUCUGAAGACACAAACUAAGUUCCAGGCUGGAGUUCGGUUCCUGCUGGGUAUGCAGCUCCUGGGGACCUCAGCCAAGCCUCCCCUGGUCAGGGCUGACAUGGUGACAGAGAAGCAGGCCAGAGAACUAAGCCUGCCACAGGGGCCUGGGACUGGAGUGGAGAGCACGGGGGAGAUCAUGAACAACACGGUGCCUCUGGAGAACAGCAUUCCCGGGAACUGCUGCUCAGCCCUGUUCAAGAACCUGCUCCUGAAGAAAAUCAAGCGCUGUGAGCGGAAGGGCACGGAGUCUGUGACAGAAGAGAAGUGUGCUGUGCUCUUCUCUACCAGCUUCACGCUGGGCCCCAACAAGCUCCUCAUCCAGCUGCAGGCCCUGUCUCUGCCCUUGGUGGUCAUUGUCCACGGCAACCAAGACAAUAAUGCCAAAGCCACCAUUUUGUGGGACAAUGCCUUCUCUGAGGUGGACCGCGUGCCUUUUGUGGUAGCUGAAAGAGUGCCCUGGGAGAAAAUGUGUGAAACCCUGAACCUCAAGUUCAUGGCUGAGGUGGGGACCAACCGGGGGCUGUUACCAGAACACUUCCUCUUCCUGGCCCAGAAGAUCUUCAAUGACAACAGUCUCAGCAUGGAAGCCUUCCAGCACCGUUGUGUGUCUUGGUCACAGUUCAACAAGGAGAUCCUGUUGGGCCGUGGCUUCACUUUUUGGCAGUGGUUUGAUGGUGUGCUAGACCUGACUAAACGCUGUCUCCGGAGCUAUUGGUCAGACCGGCUGAUCAUCGGCUUUAUUAGCAAGCAGUACGUCACAAGUCUUCUCCUCAAUGAGCCAGAUGGAACUUUCCUCCUCCGCUUUAGUGACUCUGAGAUCGGGGGCAUCACCAUCGCACACGUCAUCCGGGGUCAAGACGGCUCCCCACAGAUAGAGAACAUCCAGCCAUUUUCUGCUAAAGACCUGUCCAUUCGUUCACUGGGGGACCGAAUCCGGGAUCUUGCUCAGCUAAAAAACCUCUACCCCAAGAAACCCAAGGAUGAGGCUUUCCGGAGCCACUAUAAGCCCGAGCAGAUGGGGAAGGACGGGAGGGGCUAUGUCUCAACGGCCAUCAAGAUGACUGUGGAAAGGGACCAGCCUCUUCCUACGCCAGAGCCCCAGAUGCCCACCAUGGUGCCCCCGUAUGAUCUUGGAAUGGCCCCUGAUAACACCAUGCAACUCAACCCAGAUAUGGGGUACCCUCCACCGUCUCAUCCCAUCCACUCAUUUCAAAGCCUCCCCAUAGAAGAGUCAAUCAAUAACGUACUUCCAGCCUUUCCGGAGCCUCACCUGCAAAUGCCCCCCAACAUGAGCCAGAUGAGUUUACCCUUUGACCAGCCUCACCCCCAGAGCCUGCUGCAGUGCCAGUCCCAGGAGCAUGCUGUAUCCAGCCCCGAACCCUUGCUCUGCCCAGAUGUGACCAUGGCAGAAGACGGCUGCCUAACUCAGUCUGUGGGAGGUUUUCCCCAGGGCCCCUGGGUCCGUGAAGACAUGUUCCCUCCCCUGCUGCCUCCCACUGAACAAGACCUCAACAAGCUGCUCCUAGAGGGCCAAGGGGAGGCAGGAGGAGGAUCCUUAGGGGCCCAGCCCCUCCUGCAACCAUCUCCUUACGGGCAGUCUGGGAUCUCAAUGUCCCACAUGGACCUAAGGACCAACCCCAGUUGGUGAUCCCAGCUGGAGGAGCCCGGACACAGAGCCUCUUCUAUGGACCUGCUCUGACACCUGCCCUUGCGGGUGCCUCCCGUCUCCAGCUGUUCCUUGGUCAGGAGGAAAGAGCUGGCUGGGGGAAGACACGGCGCACGGAACCACUGCACUCUGUCCUUCCUGCCACAUCAGGGUCCCUUUUCCAGCACAAGGGCCAAAGGGAUGUUCAGGCUCUAAUGUGGUAACAGGCACCUGCGUGCCUGCAUCACAACACACACACACACAAGGACCAGAGCACACUGAGCAGGAGGGGACUAGGCAAGCACCAAGGGCUCCUGUGUUGAGCUAGGGCCUGGGACACACAUGCAGAAACACAUAGACUCUGUGCCAUGGACAGGGGGCAUAGACCUAGGGCACUGAAGCAGGGGUUCAGGAGACCCUGGGUGGGAGGAAAGAGGGUGUAGGUAUCGGGUUACUGGUAUGGAUUUUGCCCAGAUUAAAAAUCAAGUUCCUCCAAAGCUCCAAAUUCUUGCCAAAAAAAAGAGGCUCUGUGCCAGUUAGGACUGCCUCACAAGAGCUAAGCUUGUGUGUAGCCGUGCCAAUGUUACCUAUAAAUGUCACACAUGAACUAUAUGGCCGCACAGAACACAUAUCUCCGCUUUUGCCUAUGCGGCGACACGUAUUUGAAAAGCUGAGACACUGUAAUAAGAGUACCCCAACGCCAUUUGGGGUGUAACUGUGGCUCUGACGUGCAUAUAGCCUUAGUGACUCAGUGCUUCCUGUGUUUCCUAGGGUCUAAGGACUGAGUGGUACAGGGCUUGCUGUGUAACGCCCUGGGCUUCGGGGGCCCUAGCUGCUGUUUCUCUCGUAUUUUUCUGUCCACUGCCGGCUUCUCUCCACUCUCACAUCUCAUGCGGUCCCUUUUCC